AUGGCUCUUAAUAGUCGCAAAACCAAGCUCUCUUUCGGGACGAUUAUGAGUGGGAUUAGUAGGGGAGAGGAGAAGGGUAAACGUUGCUCUUCAAAUCCCGACGAGGCCCGGUCGCUAUUUCUUGAUGAAUCAAUUAAUGGACAAACAGACUAA